UUGUAUCAAGUGACGUAGUAGUACUCCUCUUGCGCAUGCGUGGCUACUGUUCACACGUGAAGCAGACAGCAUGGCUGAGGGAAAAGGAGUUGCAUUGGACCGGGCACAGGUUAAAAAGGCAGUACAAGCCUUGCAGGCAUUCCUGAAAACAAAGUCCACCCCUGACGCUCUUUUCCUGGAGGAGACUCAGCAGAUCAGCCUGCUCUUCACUCUCUGGAAGGUCCCUAAAGAGGCACAGACCAUCCGCAUUCCCCUGCCCCAUGGACAACGACCAGACACAGACGAGAUCUGCCUCUUCACCAGAGAUGAGCCCAAAAUGACCUCAGAACAGACACAGAGGUUUUAUAAGAAGCUCCUGGAGGUGAAGGGAGUCAAAAACAUCUCUGAGAUCAUCCCCUACAAGGCCCUGAGGACGGAGUACAAACCAUUUGAAGCCAAACGUCGUCUCGUGGGGAACUACGAUUUGUUCCUCUCUGAUGAACGCGUCCGCCGCCUGCUGCCAUCCCACCUCGGGAAGCAUUUCUACGAGAGGAAAAGAGAGCCACUGUGUGUGAACCUGCAAAGCAAACAGCUGGCCAGAGACAUCCAGAGAGUCAUCCAGGGCACCAACCUGAAGGUUAACAAGAAGGGCUGCUGCUGCAUGGCACGCAUCGCCCACUCCGGGAUGACUGCAGACGAGGUGACAGACAACAUCGAGGCCGCCGUCCAAACAGUGGUGUCCAAAAUACGUGCAAGCGGGCCAGUGGUGAAGCUCAUACAUUUAAAGAGUCAAACGUCAGUGGCUCUGCCCAUCUACACCUCAGACCUGAGCAACCUCGACUCGCUGAUGAAGGAAGAGAAUCCUACUGACCUACCCAAGAAAGAGGCAAAGAAGAAGAAGAAAGACGGAAUAAAGCAAACAGAUGCCACUGGAGAGGAAGGAAAGGAGGAGGAGGAAAUCCCACAGCUGGUUCCCAUAGCAACACCUAGCAAAAAACCCAAGCUGGAGAAACGAUCCAAGAAGAAGCAGCUUGAAAAAGCCCCCAAACCCCCCGUGUCAAAGAAAGGGAAAAAAUCACCAAGCAAACUGACCAAAAGAGCAAAAAGAAGGCCGGCAAGACGGACACAGAAGUGAAAAGAAAAGUGCCUCGAGUGAAAUGAUUCUGAGUAAAGACUCCAUGAAUACCACAUUCUCAUCAUGAACAAUUUUCACAUCACACAGAACCAGUGUUCACAGAAUGAUCCAUAUAUAUUCAGUCAGUGUCUCUCUUUUAUGUAUGAAUGAAACAGAUUAUAAACUUUGUUGUCUGAAAUA